AGGGAAGAGCCACCAACAUGGCGUCGGGGGGCGGCGCGGGGCUGCAGCAGCCGUCGCAGGAGAUGAUGGAGGUUGACAGAAAGGUUGAGUCUGAAGAGUCGGGAGAUGAAGAAGGAAAGAAACAUGGAGCAAAUCUGGUCUCAGAACUCAGUCAGCAAAGUCUGAAAGAUGAUCAGAACCUCGGAAACCUAGAAGGGGAAGAAGGCCUCGAGCUCCCUGUGGAUAUGGAAACUGUUCACUUGGAUGAAGAUGCUGAGGACGUUGAUCUAAAUCAUUAUCGAAUUGGGAAAAUUGAAGGGUUCGAAGUCCUAAAGAAAGUGAAGACCCUCUGUCUCCGUCAGAAUCUAAUUAAGUGUAUUGAGAACUUGGAAGAGUUACAGAGCCUUCGAGAGCUGGACCUCUACGACAACCAGAUCAAAAAGAUUGAGAACCUGGAGGCGUUGACAGAGCUUGAGACUUUAGACAUUUCUUUUAAUCUUCUGCGAAACAUUGAAGGAAUAGAUCAGCUCACCUGUCUAAAGAAACUCUUCCUGGUAAACAAUAAAAUCAACAAAAUCGAAAACAUCAGUAAUCUCCAGCAGCUAAAGAUGCUAGAGCUUGGAUCUAACCGAAUCCGGGCCAUUGAAAACAUCGACAGCUUGACCAACCUUGACAGUUUGUUCUUGGGGAAGAAUAAGAUCACCAAGCUCCAGAACCUGGAUGCCCUCACCAAUCUAACUGUGCUCAGCAUGCAGAGUAACCGGCUAACCAAAAUUGAAGGCCUCCAGAACCUGGUGAACCUUCGAGAACUGUACCUCAGUCACAAUGGCAUUGAGGUCAUUGAGGGCCUGGAAAACAAUAACAAACUCACAAUGCUGGACAUUGCAUCAAAUAGAAUCAAAAAGAUUGAAAACAUCAGCCACCUCACAGAACUCCAAGAAUUCUGGAUGAAUGACAAUCUCAUUGAGAGCUGGAGUGACUUGGAUGAAUUAAAGGGGGCCAAGCUUCUCGAAACAGUUUACUUGGAGCGGAACCCUCUGCAGAAAGACCCCCAGUAUCGACGGAAAAUCAUGCUUGCCCUCCCCACCAUCCGGCAAAUCGAUGCCACAUUCGUGCGGUUCUAAAUCUCCUUCCCCUCCUCAAAGCAGUGCCCCUGCCACGGGUUUUUAAUCCACCUCUUGCUCCCGAAAUCUCCAAUUUACCAACAUCUACAAAUCAAAUGGCCAAUAGAAAACCACUGACUGAUCACAUAAAUGUGUAUGACGCACCCUCUUACUGGUUUUGAGAUGUUAUUAUUAUUAAAUCUUGCAACACCAU